AUGUUACAACCCAGAUUGUUAGCGCCCUUCCGGGCGCUCGAACGCACAUUUGCUUCUUCACUCCGCUCGUCGCAGGCGAUACACCACCCGCCUCGAUCUUCGGUACUCUUCCAACGAACCCCCAUCUCCGCACCGUCUCCGAUCUCAAAAUUCCUCCUCCCUCUCUCUCAUGUCCGUCACGCCUCUCACGCCACCCAGGGUACUGCCAAUCGACACUCCCGUGAUCCUGCUGGGAAGCGGCUCGGCGCGAAGAAAACCGGUGGUGAAUAUGUUGUCCCCGGCUGCAUUAUCUUCCGACAGCGCGGAACGAAGUGGUUCCCCGGCGAGAACUGUGCGAUGGGCAGAGACCACACCAUCUAUGCCACAGAGGCUGGCUAUGUGAGAUAUUACCUCGAUCCGGAGCGGCAUCCGGACCGGAAGUACAUUGGUGUCUGCUUCGAGAAAGAAGGAAAGCUGCCCACACCGCGGAACGCCCCGACGAGACGGAAGUUGAACAGGAUCGCUGUCCCUCGCAUCCCUGAUGGCCCCGAAGUCGUUGCUCAGUCAGAUUUGGUCGCAACUAUUGAAGAGGGCACGAUGGUCUCCAGCGUGGAGGCCGCCAAUGCCGCCACAGGCCCCCAGCUGCGUCCUGGAUACAUGUACCGUGAGGCGAACUGGCAGAUUGGUCGCGCUGCUGAGAUGGCCGGCAUCACCGCCAAGCCCUAUAGGCGCAAGAACCGCUGGCUGGCCUGGAGAAAGAGGCAGGCUAGAGCCGAUCGUGCUGCCCAGAUGAAGAGCCUUAAGAGCAAGAAGAAGGCCGCGAAGAAGGGCAAGGGUGGCCGUUAG